AAGAAAAUUCAUAUAUACGAAAACCACAUAAAGUAGAAUGGACAAAACAACACGAAACGAGAGAAAAUUCUAAUUAUACGAGUCCUUUAACUCCAAUAAAAAAUGGUGACUAUGAUCAUCCAGGAAAUUGGAAAAGGCACAGGAGUACACCGCUCUCAGUUGAUCAAAGACGACAUGUUGUAAUUGGUUAUGAUCAUAAAAGAAAUAAUUCUUCUGAUAAUAGAUGGAAUUAUCAUGACCAAACUUUUUCGGAUAAAACAUUUGAUGCGAAUUUGUGGAAAAGUAAUUAUAAAAUGAAUUAUCAACGAACUGAACCAAUAUCACCUAUCAUUAAGCAUAAAGAUGCUCAAUAUUCACAGAUUAAGCAUCAAGAUGCUCAAUAUUCACAAAUUAAGCAUCAAGAUGCUCAAUAUUCACAGAUUAAUCAACAAACGGAUCCAAUAUUACCCGAUUCGAAAAAAAAUGUAGAUCAAAAUGAGGAUACCGGUAUUAAAUCUGAAGAUGAUCAAGAUUCCCAAAUUUUACCAGGAACUUGCCCAACAUGUGAAAGUCCAAUUGACGAGGUUGGAUAUUAUAUUCAUUGGUGUUCAACAUGUCAAGCAAAGGUUUUUGAAAUGAAAUUCGGUUCAUGGUCAAGUGGUAAUGAUGAUAUAGAUAUGUUUAUCUUGGAAACCCAACUUUCUUCUCCAAGUCGAUUUGAUUAUUUAGAAUGGAUACCUUUCUCUAAAUUUAAAGAAGUUCGAUUCAUUGGAUCUGGAGGUUAUGGAAAUGUUUAUCAAGCUACUUGGCUUGAUGGUCCACGUGAAAAAUGGGAUGCUAAAACUGCUCGAUAUGUUAGACGCAAUAAACAAAAUGUUGUAUUAAGAUCAUUUAAUAACUUGGGUAUUGGUUCAAAACU